AUGGCCCUCUCGUCAUCCAAAACCACCACCAACCAUGACGAAGCCAUCUUCUCCCGCACAAACACCACCGCAGUCGUGCAGUGGCCCUGCCCCCAAACCUCCACCACCCGCUACCUCGGCGCCAAAUCCCAUUCCACCACCACCAACCACCCCUCCACCCGCCUGACCGCAGACCUCCGCCUCGACCCCACCGCCCGCACCUUCGACCUCUCCCUGCGCCUCCCCAUCGACCUCACCGCUUUCGCCCGCCCCACCCCCAUCCACAUCCCCAUCCCCACCCACCACAUCGCCUCGCUGAGCGCGACCCACAUCCCCGCCCGCGCCGCACCGCCUGCUGUCCACAACACCUUCGUCCAGCGCCGCGCCCAGCGGCCCCUCUCCGCCGCCAGGAACCGUGCCGACAAUGCCAAUGACGACGACGACGACGAAGAACCCACCAUUCUCCGCCUAACCCUAACUCUCUCCACCCCGCUCAUCCCCAUCGGCCCCUCGCCGCGCGCCUGCGGCGGGGACGGCACGCCCCACCCCCGCGACCGUCGCGCCCGCGCUUCGCUAGCCGCGCUACACUCGCUGUGCAGUCCGCUCAACACCGGCGACGACGACGACAACGACGACAAUAACGACAACGACGCAGCAAAAGCGCACCACCGCCCACAACCCCGCACCCCCACCCGAACCCUAACGCUCUUCCUCCCCCUCCCGCACGACACAAAAACAACAACCCCCCCAACCCCCCCAACCCUCCUCCCCACCGCCAUAACCGAGCAAUGGCCCGCAGCCACCUCGCCCAACAACAACAGCAACCUCCGCCGCAUGUACGGCGGCCGCGGCGGGGCCGUGCUGGCGUGGGACGUGCUGUCCGCCGCACUCGGCGUCCGUCCCGACGUCUACGUCUACUACGUCGGUGACGACGACGACGAUCAGCAGCAGCAGCGGCAGCAGCAGCAACGGCAGGGGAUAACCACGGCGGCGGCGGCGGCGGCGGCGAUGAGGGUGGAGAGCCCGCCGAGCUACGACGAGAUUGGGCCGGGGCCGAGUCCGCCUCCGCCUCGGUUUCGGUCUCCGCUUCUUGGGUCGGGGAAGAGGAAGGGGAUCGGGAGGGGGAGUGGGAGUGGGAGUGAGGAGCUGGUGGGGGUGGGGGCGGAGCGGAGGGAGAAGAGGGUGAGGGUGGUGGAGGGGGAGGGGGAGAAAAAGGAGGGCAAAGGGAGGUGGGUGAGGGGGGAGGAGUUGGAUGCGCUGAGGGCGGAGGUGGAGGCGUUGAAGGGGGGGAUGCCGCAUGGUGGAGGUGGAGGGGCGUUGGAGGCGGUGGGGCGGAAGGUGGAGGCGUUGGGGGCGAGGGUGGCGGGGAUGGAGGAGAGGGCGGCGAGGGAGAGGGAGGAGAUGAGGAGGGAGUUUGAGGCGGGGUUGGAGAUGCAGAGGCGGGCGUUUGAGGAGAGGCUGGAGGCGCAGGGGAGGCUGUUUGGCGAGAGGUUGGAGGCGCAGGGGAGGCUGUUUGGCGAGAGGCUGGAGGCGCAGAGCAGGCUUUUGCGAUCGAGCCUCGAGGAGGCGGAGGGGAGGUGGGGCGAGCGGUAUGAGGAGUGGGAGGGGCGGAUGGACAAGGCCAUAGAUGAGCAUUUCGACGGCGUGAGGUACGAUACGGAUCAGGCGAUUGAGGCGGCCGAUGUGCGUUGGGAUGAGGAGAUUUUCCGGGCGAAGAAUGAGUUGAGGGACUUUGUGAGGGCCGAGGUAGGCGAGGUCGAGGCGACCAUCAAAGACGACCUGCGGUCUGGUAACGCGAAUGUGACGAUAGACUUCUUGUGA